AUGGCCGGCAAGAUGAAGGAGUUAGACGGCGCCAGCCCUGCUAAGAUCUUCAUCGGCGGGCUCUCCAAGGACACAAGCAUGAGUACAUUCAAAGGACAUUUCGGGAAGUAUGGGGAUAUAAUUGAUGCUGUCAUAAUGAAGGACCGCUACACUCAAAAGCCCAGAGGCUUUGGCUUUAUUACCUUUGCUGAUCCCGCUGUUGUUGACAGAGUGAUUGAGGAUGAGCAUGUUAUCAAUGGAAAGCUGGUUGAAAUUAAGAGAACGAUCCCUAAGGGAGCUGCUCCCUUGAAAGAUUUCAAGACGAAGAAGAUUUUUGUUGGUGGAUUACCCUCAGCUCUAAAAGAAGAUGAAUUCAAGGAAUUCUUUUCCAAGUUUGGAAAGGUUGUGGAGCAUGAAAUCAUCCGUGACCAUACAACCAACCAGCCACGUGGAUUUGGUUUUAUAGUCUUUGAUGCAGAAAAAGCGGUAGAUGAUUUAUUAGCUAAGAAAGGCAAUAUGAUUGAUCUAAAUGGUUCUCAGGUUGAGAUCAAGAAGGCAGAACCAAAGAAACCCUCUAACCAACCACCUCGUUCACUUGAUAGCAAACCUAGGGGCCGUCCAUAUGCAGACAGUUAUGAUGGAUUUGGCAGCUCUUACAAUUAUGGUGGUAGUUUUGGUCCUUAUAGAUCACCUGGAAGUUUUGGCGCUAGGCCUGGAGGUUACAAUAGUGCUUAUGGUCCUGAUGAUUAUGGUAGCGGCUAUGCUACUUAUGGUGGAGCAUUAGUAGGAUACCGUGGAGAGCCCUCCCUUUAUUCUAGUCGCUAUGGUAGCACUUACGGAGGCAGCUUUGGUGGUGGGUAUGGUGGUGGCAGUUAUGCCGGUGGAUUAGCUGGUGCAUAUGGGCGUGAUGCCGGGGGCUAUAGUGGUUCUAGCUAUGGUCCUAGUUAUGAUUCUUCAGGGGCCAAUACUGGUGCUGGGUUUGGCACCGGUGGACUCUAUGGUGCUAGGACAGGCUAUGGUAGCACUGGUGGCAGUGGUGCUGCUGCCGCCGCAACCUUCUCCGCCGCCCGCAGCCGGCUCCUCUCCACCGCCGCGACAGCGGCAGAGAAAACCGAGCUCCCCGUCCCUAUCGCCCGUCUUCGCCAGCUCGCCCGCGCUGGCCGCCUCGACGACAUCGACGCGACCCUCGCGCCCCUGUUCCCCUCCCACCCCGUCGCCGCGCUCUCGGCCCUCUCCUCGGUGGGCCUACCCGACCGCGCCUCCGCGCUGCUCGGCAACAUCACGUCGCCCACUACCGCGCACCUGAACGCGGUUCUCGGCCCACUCCUGCGCCGCCGCCGCCUGGCCGGGCUCGUGCCCUCCAUCCUCGCCGCGCAUGCCUCCAUCCCGCGGGACGCCGUCACGGACAGCAUCCUCGCCAAGUCGCUCUGCCUCACCUCCGGCCCCGACUCCGCGCUCCACCUCCUCCGGGAGCCUUCGUCGGGGGCGCCGCCGUCGCUCCAGCUCUUCACGGCCAUCAUCUACUCCUUCUACAAGCAACGCCUCCCGCACCGCGCCGAGGAGCUGUGGCGGGCCAUGGUCCAGGACCAUGGCAUCGCCCCCGACACCGCUGCCUACAACGCCCGGAUCACCUACAAGUCCGCCAACGGCACCGUGGAGGAGGAGGCCGGGCUCCGGCCGGAUCUCGUGUCCUACAACGCGCUGAUGCGGGCGAUGGCGAGGCACAACAAAGUGGAUGAGACGGUGGAGGUGUACCGCAGCCUGGAGGCCGGGGAGGAGGCGGACGUGGCGCCGGACUGCGCGACGUAUACUUGCGUGGUGGGCGCGCUGUGUGGCGCGGGGCGGUGGUCGGAGGCGGAGGACGUGUUCUACGCGGGAGUGAAGCGCCGGAAGGUGACUGACCUCGGAACGGCGCGUGUCCUGGUGCGCGGUCUCAAGGACGCUGGCAAGGGGCGAGCGGCGAGGCGGGUGGUGGUCGGUCUGCGCAAGAAGUUCCCCGAGCAGUUCGACGGGCCGUGGAGGGAGCUUGAGGAGGCGGCCGGGCUGAACUCCUCCGGGAAGGAGGAUGAUGAUGUGGAAGACGGAGCCGACGAGAUGCCUGCGGUGACAAGGGCCGCCGCGGCGUGA